AAUGACCUGUCUGUAAUACUUAUAUUUAGGUAUCAGCGGACAUGUAAGCGGUAGUGAGGGCUGAGGGUCAUUAUCAAUAUUUUAUUGUGAAUGUUUACUACGUCCGCGGUCGGAUUCUGAAACAGACGUUUAUAAACUCUAAUGAGAACCUUGAUUUUAAUUUAAAAAAAGGAUAACCAUUUUUGAAUUUUGAAUUUUAUCACAAUGGAAGUGAGACCUCUAUCGCUUGCUUUGCAAGAGAAAGCUGCGUUAGAAUUGUACGAGACGCCGGACAAAUUAGAACGGGGAUUAAAAGAAUUGAAGGAAUGGAUCAGUCAACAGCCUCACCUGAGGGCUCGAACAGAUGACCAAUGGCUAGCUGCAUUCCUCAGAGGUACCAAGCACAAUUUGGCUCGUGCUAAAGAGAAGUUAGAUCUGUACUACUCCUUAAGAACAGUAUCGCCUGAUUUAUUUAUGUUCAAACCUACCGAUCCACGGUUUAAAUAUUUAUUACGAUCUGGAGCUACGUUAGUGUUACCGAAGUUGGCGACCCCGUUGUCGCCGCGAGUUAUUCUCGUCAAGCCCAGCCUCUACGAUCCAAGCGUGAUAACACCAAUCGACUACUUUUCUUUUGCUCAUCUUAUUCAACAGAUUAAGUACUUGGAAGAUGACGCGUUCAUGGUGAAUGGGACUAUAAAUGUGAUAGAUAUUGAAGGAGUAACCAUGGCUCAUAUUAUGCAAAUGACACCAACAGUUUUGAAGAAACUGGUGAUUGCGGGACAGGACGCUUCACCGUUAAGACUCAAAAGUCUACACAUCAUAAACAGCUUACCAGUUUUAGAGAAAUUAUUCAGUUUGGUGAAAAAACUCCUCAACGAGAAACACAGGAAAAAACUUUACAUGCACAGCAAGGAUUUGAGCGCGUUACAUAAUUACGUUCCUCCUGAAAUAUUACCUGCGGAGUACGGUGGACAGGGAGGAACAAAACAGGAGAUAAUAGAUUAUUGGGAGAAGAAACUAGAUCAUUAUGGAGACUGGUUUGAUGAAGACAUGAAGUUUGGAACGGAUGAAAGCAAGCGGCCUGGUAAAGAGAAAACUACGGAAAAUAUGAUUGGAGUCCAAGGAUCUUUUAGACAGUUAGCCGUAGAUUAACUAUGCAAAGAUCAUCUACAUAAUUAUGU